AUGGGCAAGCCACGGGUUGGUAAACCGCUUCUUCCCUCAUCUGUGAUGAUCAUCUUGAUUCGCCAUGCCCAGUCGGAGGGAAACAAGAAUCGCGAGAUCCACCAAUAUAUCCCGGAUCACCGGGUGAAGCUCACGCCGGAAGGGCACAAGCAGGCGCUGGAAGCAGGCCGCAGGCUACGAGCCAUGCUCCGCCCUGAUGACACCCUUCACUUCUUCACGUCGCCGUACCGCAGGGCUCGUGAGACGACGGAGGGGAUCCUGAAGUCCCUGACUUCGGACGAUCCAUCGCCUUCGCCCUUCCCACGGCACACCAUCAAGGUGUACGAGGAGCCGCGGCUACGGGAGCAGGACUUUGGUAAUUUCCAGCCAUGCUCGGCGGAGAUGGAGCGCAUGUGGCAGGAGAGAGCAGACUACGGGCACUUCUUCUACCGGAUCCCGAAUGGAGAGUCGGCAGCGGAUGCGUAUGAUCGGAUCAGCGGCUUCAACGAGUCGCUUUGGCGACUGUUUGGGGAGGACGACUUCGCCAGCGUCUGCGUCCUCGUCACGCAUGGACUGAUGACCCGCAUUUUCCUGAUGAAAUGGUACCACUUUAGCGUCGAAUACUUUGAGGAUCUCCGAAACGUCAACCACUGCGAGUUUGUGAUCAUGGAGAAGAACCCAGAUAAUGGGAAAUACAUCCUGCGGACGAAGCUGCGGACGUGGUCAGAACUCCGCAAGGAGAGAGAACUGGAGAAGCAACGUGAACGAGCUGCAAAGGGGCUUCCAGAACCGGCCCCCAGCGCGCCUGAAGACUCGCCGGUCCCGGUCAGGCGCAAAUGGGGCGGCUGUCCAAAUGGCUGUAACCAUGCUGCUGCGAGACCGAAGAUGUGGCGACCGGCGAGGCAGGAUACGGUCGACUUGUUUCGAGACGAUGACGAUGGUGGAGAGACAAGCGAUGGCCAGACCAGAGAAGCCGCCAGGGAGUCUUCAGAUCUUUCAAAUCCAGAGGGAAAGGCCUCAGCCGCCAAGCAGGUGUCCCGUACGAAUAAGCCAAAGGCGAACCUCUCCAUUGUGGCUCCCAGGCCCGAGUCCAUAGAUGAGAUCAUCUCUUCUCCCGAUCAAACACCAUCUUAUAUAUCCCUGGCUGCUCUCGCCGCUCCUCGAGCGACUUCCUCCGUCUCCGGAGCAGACGCGGCCGACAGCGGACUGAGGCCGACGGAGCGUACAGCACGGCUGCCUUCGGUCUCGCCACUCCGAUUGAACAGUGAUGAUGAUGAUGAUGAUGAUGAUGAUGAUGAUGAUGAUGAUGAUGAUGAUGAUGAUGAUGAUGAUGACGACGAUGAUGAUGAUACAGAUAGCCGGAAGCCCUCCCGGCCCUAG